AUGUUAAGGAGAUGCGCGGAAGAAUUAAAGAGCAAAGUGAAUUUAUAUUGAAAUGAAAUAACAAAUAAUGAAGCGCAUGGCUUUACCCGCACUAUGUAUUUGAUGAAUUUAAAUGUCGGUAUAGUCAAUAAAACAUGCGAAGAAAUAAUUAGUUUAUGUGAAAAUUUAACUGAAAUCCCAGAGUAUGGAGACCCUACAUUUAUUGAGACUAUUCUGAAAAUGGCCCCAGAAUUAAUAGAGAAUUAUACUAGAAAUUUAAAAAUCACAACUUUUAAAGAUUAUGAAGGAGUGAUUUUCUCUUUAGGCAAGCUAUUUUCAAUUGAUCCAAAUUUUAAUUUUGAGCAUAAUUUGAAUAGUGAAUUCUCAAUGCUUUCUACUCAGCUUAUUUAUUUAAAAAAAUCAGAUCCUAAUAUUUAUAGUUUUGAUUUAUCGAAAUCCCAAAUUUCUAAAAAUUUAACUCAUUCAGGACAAAUUCCUGACUAUUAUGAUUCCAUGUGUUUACUACCUAACAAUGAAAUUUUUUGCCUUUCCAAUUCAAGCUCAAAAGCUUUUACAAUUAAAUUUAGUUUUACUGUAAAAAUGCACCCUCCUCGCGCAUUAACGUAUUUUGCAGGGCUUGCUUACUAUAAAGGCUAUGUUUAUGCAUUUGGUGGGUCAAACGCUUUUUGGGAAAAAUUUGAUCUUGAUAAGUCAGUGUGGUUAAAAAUAGCAAAGCUUCCAAGAACCACUGAUUAUUGCUCCUGUGCUGUUCUUGGGGAUACCAUGCUGGUAGUGGGGUAUCAUUCUUUGAAAUUGCAUGGAUAUUGUCCUGAUCUUAAUUCCUAUUUUGAUUGUAUGGAUGUUACUGGAGACAUUCAAAAAAGUAUUUUUACAGGAAACAAUAGAGGUUAUUUGAUAGAAUUUGGAGGAAGAAUUUUCGAAAGCGAAAUUAAUGAUCCAUUUUCUUGGCAAAAUAUCGGCUCAAAUUCAUGCAAAAAAACAUUUCUUCUUUGAUAUAAGGCUUUAUAUGAUGAUGCGAUAUAUUUUCUCAGCUAUUAUUAUGAUUUAUACAGGUUUGACCUGAAAAAUAAAACGAUCAAUGUAAUCGCUAAUCUUAACAAUAACUAA